GACAUUUUCAUCCGAUAAAUGUCAAGUUUGUCAUUUUAGUUUUACGGAAGAAAAAUGGUCGGUUUGCUCAACUCUGUUGUUUUCUUUUAGAUAUUGACUAAAAAAUUAAUAGGUGUGUCUCAAACAUGACUGAUAAAGAAAUUUCGGUGGAGGAACUAGAGGAAACGGUGAAGCGGACAGAUGAACAGCUAGACCUGAUGGAGUGGAAGAUGGAUAACGUGGAGAAAGAGCUGGUGGAGCCCAUCAAUACACAGGACAUGUGCAUCAUGCACCUGCUGAAGUCCGUCUCCGAGGUGCGCUCGGACUACCAGCAGCUGCGGCGCGAGCUGGUGGAGGUGCAGGCCCUGCAGAGGGAACUGUCCUCGAGGCUCCGCACGCAGCUGCGGCUGGUGCACGGCAAGUUCGCACGACUCCGCCAGCGACUGGCCGCAGCCUCCCCGCCCCGCUGAACUGAUACCCCGCCUCUCAUGUCUAACAAGUCUCAAGAGACAUUACAAUCUUGGGUUGAUCCUUAAAUUUUAGUGAAAAAUUUAAUCGUUGGAGUUCUUUAUUACCUUCAACGGACUAUUUAGAAAAAGAAUGAUUAUGAAAUUAGUCUCGUCGUGUGGGACGCUUUCUGUUAUUACGAAGUCGGCUUUCAAUGUUAAGUUUAACAUUCAAAUUGUAUUUAAAAGCAGUUUCGCAACUGUGUCUAUGUCUAAAUUAUAUUCUACGUUUAUUCAGGCCUAAUUGAUGUCGGUUGAAUUUGUAUGUGUAUCUAUAUUUUUAAUGUUAUAUCUUACAUUACAUUUAAAAAUUAAAUUCUAAAUUGAUUGUUUAGAUAGGUGAUGAGAGUAAGGACAAAAAUUAUUAAAAUUAAUAAAUUUAAAUGUUAAUGUUAAACGGACAUGAGAGGUUUGGCCUCUUCCAAGUAUCUGCUCUACAAUUAGUUGGAUAGUGGCCAAUAGAAGGUAUGAUAUUAACAUUAUUAACGUAACUAUGUGCCAAUGUUCUAUCUAGAUAAUUGUAACUGUUAGCAUAGCGGCACUUUACUAACGUACUCUUGAUCUCACAUCGAAGGUUCAAGCGAAUUUCCUGAUUUUCAUACAAGAACUUAGUAAUUGCACCCUAUCAUCUAUAUUUUAAUUGACUAAUUUCUUGUAUCAAAGUCAGUUGGUUGCACAACCUUACCACGACUAGUCGAUAUCUAAUAGUAAACCCAAUAGUAUGUGUGUUUGUAUGUAGUAAGUUGGUGCUAAACGAAGAAGGUCUAAGAUGUGAAGGGGUUGGAUUCAGCGGUUAGCGAGUAAGGCAGGCCUCGGGGAGAGUACGGUAUUGACUACUAGUCAAGUACAACGUUAAUUUUGUGAGUUAUUUUUUAAUUGAAUGUAUCCUUCGAAUAAAAAUGUUAAAAAUAUCUUGGAGUAAUUCCAGAUGAUUUUUAUAGUAAUUAUUUUAUGUUAAAAAUAAGAAAAAAUCGAGGCAUUUUUGUAACACGCGUGUCUUGUGUGGUCUAGAAAGGUUUAAAAAAAGGCCAAACAAUACAAAAAGUACUAAAGCAAUAUUUGACCUUAGAAUCAAAUGAAAAGGUCAAUUCAGUGCGCAGCGGGAACGAAUUUAAUGUCGAGUGCUAAACGAAUAAUUAUUAUAAUAAAAUGUAGUUGAAUUGUUAGUUUUAUAUAGUUUUUGUUUUUAAACGCUUUGCAUGGAUGUAUGAAAACGAAUCGAUCAUAUCUCGCUUUCAUCUUGAUUAUAUAGGAGAUGGCAUAAAUAUGUGAAUUAUAAAAGACUUCUCUCACUCAGAGUCAUUUAAUGAUUACUUAACCCAGCCCUUAGCAUUUGUUUUUGGAACAAAUACGUUACUAAGGAAUAGUUUAAGUAUUCAUUGACUAUCUCUGAGUACGGCAGUUAGUCAUAAAAUAUUAUAUGUUCCAUCUUCCAUUUUAUUUGAGUCUCCUCUUAAGGUAAUGAAAAUACGCAAUUCAUUUUACUGCAUAAUCCAUAUUACUUUGGCAGUCUGAAAGCAUUUCAUCGUAAUAGUAAAAUGGUAAUAUACCGAACGAGAGAGAAGAGACAAUAUAACAGCACACUAUAAAUGGAUUUUAAAUAAUUUUACAUAAUAAAGUGAUCAAGAAAAUACAAAUAAGUAUUUAUGCUAUCUCCUUAUUUCUAAAAUUAUCCGCACAUGUCUUACAGUAAAAAAAAAUAAAGUUGAUAGUAGAAUACCCUACUUUACUUUCAGGCGAGAGACAUUUUGUAUAAGAAUGGAUCUCUCGAAUAAAGAAAACUGAAAGACAUGUGCUGGAUAGCUUGUAUACGUAUCUAAGGUUCCCAUGACACGAUAAAACGAAAAUUAAACCUUGUUUGUAAAGACAUAAAAAUCAAAAUUGUGGAGUCUAGUUUGUCUUGUCUCUAUGUAUGUAGAUAUUAUGACAUUUUUAUUUUUUCGUACAUGGGAAUCUAUAUUUUCUAUUUAUUUUUGUCGUGCUUUUUUGAUUUUUUGGGGUAAUUUAUAACCUUAAGUUAAUUUAAAUCAUAUUAUGAAUGUUUAUUUUGCUACUUCAGGCUCUGUUUUUAUAUCUUGUAUUCUUGUUUAGUUGGGGUAGAUUUAUUUAGGGCUCAGUUCUAUAAUUAGGCACGGUGUAGGGCAAUACUACACAAUUAACCUCCUUAAGGACGGUUGUAAGCCUUCUUAAAUGAGGCUAAUUGGUAAUUGAUGAAGCCCUAUUUUGAUGAGAGACGACGUAAUAUUAUUUUCUAGCUUUUAUCAGAGCCUAUAGUUAAUAUUAUAUCUUUGUUUAAUAUAUUUUUUAAUAUUUUUUCUUUCUAAGACUCCCUAGUCAAACAAGGGAUGUUGUUUUUUAAUUUGAAAUAAGACUGUCGACGUCUUCGGGCGCGAAAUCUCAGUUUGUUAGCGUAAGGUACAGUCAGCAAUAUAAAUCACAAUUUUAGUAAAUUAAUCGCACAUAUCAAGCACUUGCAUGUUUCUCGUAUCACUUAUUAAAUUAUAUUUAGGAUGGUCGGUACUUUAUACAGGGGUGGAAACGAUAGGACAAGUACUAAGCUGUUUCAUUUUACAGAAGCAUAGUCUUACAAGAAUAUUUAAAAAAUAAAUAAUUAUUACUUAAGUAAUGCAAUUAUUUCUGUUACUACGACCCUCUUGAGUCGGGGGCCCACAUGAGUUAGAUGUGUACGUCGGGGCCCAUUUUACCACCCUAAUUACGACCCUGUACUAUGGACAUGGCGUUUGAAAUUUAAAAAAAAAUAUAUGAAAAAUUUAAUAUUAUACUAAAGUUAUACAUAUAUGAUACUAUCGUUUCCACGUCUGUAUAAUUUAAUAUUUAUAUUCAAAGAAGUACUUUGAAAGUUGAAUACUUUGAAUAUGAAAUUGUAUUUACAUGUGUAUGUUUGACAGAUGAGAGUUGUCAAGUUAAGAUAUAUGGCAAACCCCUUGAGUGUCGCGGGAGGCAAGCUGAGAGGUCACCUGUCUCAUUACUUAUUGGGGAUCGGAUAAAUCAUUUUGACUGCUUUUUAAAUAUAUCGAAAAUGAGAAAAAAAGUUUCGAGUUUGUUACAGAAUCCGUUUUUUUUAAGAUUUUGAACUUUCUUGCAUAAAUAAUAAGGUUAAAAAUGUAUUAAACUAAUAAUAUUGUUACUGCCGUACUCAGAGACAUUUAAUGAUUACUUAAACUAUAUCUUAGUAACGAUUUUGUUCCGAAAACAAUUGCUAAGGACUGGUUUAAGUAAUCAUUAAAUGACU